AAGAUCCAAAUAGUUUAAAUUAUAUAAUAGUAAUGAGUUAUGCAAAAAAAGGAAGUUUGAGAAAAUGUUUAUCUGAUAUAAUUAAAUUUAAGUGGCAAGACAGAUUACAUUUAUUGAUUAGGACUCAAAGUAAUUCAUGAAUCAAAUUUAACUCAUGGUGAUUUUCAUGAUGGUAAUAUUUUAAUGUCAGAUAAUCAAAAUGAGUUAUUUAUUAUUGAUUUAGGAUUAUGUAAACCCAUAAGUGAUACUGCUAAUAAAAUUAAUGAAAUUUAUGGAGUUUUACCUUAUAUGGCUCCUGAAAUAUUAAGAAAAAAACCCUACGCUCCAACAAGCGAUAUUUAUAGUUUUUCAAUGAUAAUGUGGGAAUUUACAUCAGGUAUUCCUCCAUUUAAUUAUGAAGCACAUGAUUUUAAGCUUAUCUUGAGUAUUUGUGGAGGGAAACGUCCUGAAAUUAUAGAAAAUACUCCAAAAUGCUAUGUGGAUUUAAUGAAAAAAUGUUGGGAUUCAGAUCCUGCUAAUAGACCAACUAUAAUAAUGCUUGAGAAUAUUAUAUCUGAAUGGAUUGGAUGUAUUAGUGAUUAUUAUAGAAUAAAUAGUAAUGGAGAUUAUGAAUAUGUUGUACCUAAUGUUGAUAAUCAAUUAGAAGAUGUUAUGUUGGAAUUUGUUGAGGCAAACAAAUCUUUAGUGCAAGAACAAGUAAAUGCUUCUAUUAUACAAUCUCAUCCACAAGCACAUUAUACAAGUCGCAAACUUAGUGAAAUUUUAGUUCAAGAGACUCAGGGUUUUGAUUGUGUAAUUGAAGAUUAA